CCAUCGCGCCCUGUCGACUUGCAGGUGGUUGAGAAUAACUCCUACAAUCUGACCCUCACUUGGCUGCCACCGAUCACCUCUAACGGCGAUCUCAUUAACUACGUCUCGAUCUUGACAACGGUGGGUGCGGAGGAACCGAUUUCGCUGUCCAGGAACCUCACCAAUAACACACUCAGCAUGGCAUGGGCCCAUGUGGACGGUUGCGGUAGCUACGUGGCCACGGUGCAAGCGGUGACGGCGCCGAGCAUUCUGAAACGCGGCGGCGGGGUUGGACCCGUAAUCUCUCUCAUGCUGGAAACCCCACCAACAGGUGCACUUGUGUGCGUAUGUGUGUAA